CGUUAUAUACGUAGAUUAUAUAGCUUGAGCAAUAAAUUCUCAACCUAUUGUUCCGUUGGCUGUCCCGUGAACCCACUCUUCAUUUUCCCGCGAAAAAACUGACACCUUCUCGCCGGAAAACUGACGACCAAACAAAUGGACAACUCCUGGGCUUUGAGAGUUCACUCAGCCAAGCACUUCUCUGCCGUCCAAGCGGCCCAUCUCAACAACUCUGAAGGAGAUGACGAUGCAGGAGCUUGCUUUCCAUGCCCCUUCUGCUAUGUAGAUGUCGAAUUUCCAGUGCUUUGUAGUCAUCUGCAGGAAGAGCACUACUUCGACUUCAAAAACGCGGUUUGCCCUCUAUGUGCAGCCAACCUAGGGAAAGAUGUAAUUGGGCAUUUUACAGUGCAGCAUGCAAAUUCAGUGAAGAGGAGAAAGUCUCCAAAAUCCGGUUUCUGGACUAAUGGUUCGGUUAUGCUUGGCAAGGACCUGCAAGAGGUAAGCCUGUUUAAUGGUUCGAAUUCAAUGAAUGUUAGGGGCAACGUGCAUGAAUCUGCACCUGAUCCACUCCUCUCACCAUUUAUCUUCAACACACCUCCUUCGGACCCUAAAGACGAGAACCAAAACGAUGAAUGUUGUAGCUGUGGCACCGCAACUGCUUUUGAUGUGAAAAGUGCUAAACCUUGUAUCUCGGACGAUAUUCAAGCAGAGGAUAAUGAAGAGAGGAGGCAAAGAGCAGCAUUCUGUCAACAGUUGAUCCUGUCAACCAUUUUCUAGGACUUGCUGUGUAAUUUAAAAUCUCCUUGAAAGUUUGUUUCACACAAUUCAGUAAUAGAUAACACUUUGUACAAACUUACAUAUAUAUAUGUACAAACUUAUCUAUAUAUAUAUAUAUAUAUAUUGAAGCUCAGUUUAGAGCUCAA